AUGCGCCUAACCAACACCCUCGUCGUGGCUGUUGCUGCCAUCCUUCUCGCAAGCGAAAACGCUUUUUCUGCAGCAACUGAUGCCGACCAGGCUACCGUCUCGAAGUUUGCGGCAGCGGAGUUCGACACGUUGGUCGAUGUCCUCACCACUGAGAGCAAGAGAUCCCUUCGGGCCACGGUCGAUGACGGCGAAGAGAGGUACAAGCUGUUUAAAAUCGAAGCCUUGCAACAAGGAAAGUGGACUUCAUUUUUUAAAAAAUGGAGCUCGAACGGCCGUACUGAGUCCGACAUCAAGAAAAAGCUGGCGAAUGUUAAAUGGCUGUCCGAAUCUGACAAAAGUAAGAUUGUCGAUAAUUAUGUAUUCCACUUGAGAGGUCAUUAG